AUAGUAUCUAAGGAUGGGUAUCGUAACGCAUAGUCACUAAAGUAACCGUGAUACAGUGUACGAGCCCAGUAACUAACAUACAGACGGUAUUUACUGGUAACUCGUUAGCAUUAGCUAGUAGUAGCAUUAGCUGUGAGGGUGCAACACGCUACCGCUAGGUGGCAGCACACGGAGCUGCAGACACGCAGCAGGAGCAGCAGGUGAAGGAGGUUCAUCAUCCGGUGAUAUCGGCCAGUAAAAGGUGCAACGGUCAAAGACGAUGUUGUCAAUGUUCGUCAGGUCAGCUCUCACCAAAUACCAGAGGUCCUGGCUGCCCGGUCAGGCUGCCGUCAGGGCCAUGUCAUCCUCAGGUGGAGCCGUCUCUCCUUACACCACCCUGGCCAUCAGUCACCCAGCAGAGUCCGUCACACACGUGGAGCUGAACCGCCCUGAGAAACGCAACGCCAUGAACAGAGCGUUCUGGAGUGAGAUGGUGGAGUGCUUUAAUGAGAUAGCCGGGGACCCGAGCUGUAGAGUGGUGGUGUUUUCUGCAGCUGGGAAGGUCUUCACAGCCGGUAUCGACCUGAUGGACAUGGCCGGAGACGUACUCAAUCCGGAGGGCGACGACGCGGCCAGAAUUGCCUGGAACAUGAGAAAAAUAAUCACCAAGUAUCAAGAGACGUUCUCCGUCAUAGAGAAGUGUCCAAAACCUGUUGUCGUGGCCAUCCACGGAGCCUGUAUUGGGGGAGGUAUUGAUCUGAUCACAGCCUGUGAUAUUCGCCUGUGUACAGAGGACGCCUGGUUCCAGGUGAAGGAAGUUGAUAUUGGACUUGCAGCAGAUGUUGGAACUCUCCAGAGACUUCCGAAAGUCAUCGGCAGUCGCAGCCUAGUGAACGAGUUGGCUCUGACUGCCAGGAAGAUGUUUGCCGAUGAAGCCAAGAGCAGUGGGCUGGUCAGCCGAGUGUUUCCCGAUAAGGAGGCCAUGAUGGCUGCAGCCCUGGAGCUGGCCGGGGAGAUCGCUGGCCGCAGCCCCGUAGCCGUGCAGGGCACCAAAAUCAACCUGAUCUACUCCAGAGACCACAGUGUGGCAGAAGCACUGGACUACAUGGCGACCUGGAACAUGAGCAUGCUUCAGACUCAGGACGUGAUGAAAUCAGCUCAGGCGACCAUGGAGAAGAAGAGCCCCAAGACGAUAGCCUUCUCCAAACUCUAAACCCGCCAAACACAAGAGAUGCCGUUUAUCUCUGCCUCCAUGUGACUCGCUCCUAAAGGGAAAUAUAACAAUAAACCUUCUGAAUUCAAGUUUCUCCCUUACGCCAAACGAAGACGGAAGGCUUUAAUUGCUCUGAAGUAGUUUUUUUCCAUACUAGAUGAACAGAUUUUUGCAGCUGCAGCCACAGAUCAUCAUCAACGACUGCAGUCGGUUCCCCCCCCCCCACUAAAUACACCUUGGAUAUGCAUGGCAAUGUCAUAUGAUGAUUCCUUCUUAGGAUUGGUUUCUAGAGAUCUGCGUUGUUUUGGUUAAACGCCUAUGAAACGGAAACUCUGCUUUCCAUAUGAAGUCAUUUGUGUGUACAUUUUGUUUUGGGUGAACACAGGAUGAAUUUUACAAACUGAAAUAUCAGAAGUAAUUUUUGUGAUUCAUUAAUCGACGAAUCAAUGUUUAAUCUUAAUAAAGAAACUCAUCCGAGUUAAGACUG